UCAAUGUAUCCUGAAAGUGAUGAUGUUGAUGAAUCCCCGGAUAUUCUUGUGACGGAUGACGGAUAUACGCUUACUCUUCCGUCUGGUGCGAAAAUUGGACACCGUUCACUUCUGCGUUAUUAUCGACAGCGCUUGAAACCUCUUGGAAACAUGACGAAAACUGAGCAACGAGGGCAGGAAGCACUGAAAAAAGUGUUCGGGCAGUACAAAGCACUGGGAUGGACCGGCACUUCUGGGUCACUAGCAGUGCAGCGAGCGAAGGAUAUUCGGUACAUGAAGAAGUUACACUCGGAAAAUUGGGUUAAAUUGGGCUUGAGCACAAACAAACUAUUUGUAUCACGCGGUCGUGCAGGCCAAUAG